AUGUUCAAGUAAAUAGAUUUGAAUCAGUUUUCUUCGUUUUUAUUUCACAUGCUCGCAAAAUUGUCCGGUAACAUUUAUACAUCUGGAAUUUAGGCUAUCCAUGACAGAUGUUGGUUGUCUCGAUUCUUUUCCAUCAGCUUCAUCUUCUUACAAUGACCAGUGUAGUUGAAGGGUUCUUAGAAACAUGGACAUACGCCAAAACAUUUUUAUUAUAUUUUUAAAGUCUCUGGACUUGAUUAUGCAUGUCAAUAAAUUAUCAAAUCAAUAUUAAAUGACAUUGGCGCAGACCGUUCAUUUUUCGUUCAACUGCGUGUUAAAUGUAUUAAGGAAAUGUAAAAUUAAUAAUAAUUUAAUGGAGUCUUUGAUUUAUAACAAUUGUGAAUCAUUGAAUCAUCGAUCUAAAAGUAAAAAAGGGAAUAUUAUUAUCAUUGUAUUAUUUACAUAUAUAAUAUAUAUAUAUAUAUAUAUAUAUAUUAUAUUAGUAUAUUUAAUGGAUUUUAAAAUAUAUUAAUAAAUAAAAUGUUGGGCUAGGUUUGGUACUGUAUAAAAAUUGAAAAAUAAAAUAUAGAAUCACGUGAUCACUGAAAUUUGAAACUAUGAUAUUUCGUAUACAUAUAUAUAUUUUUUUGUACAACUAACGUUCAAUCUUUCUAUUAGUUUUUCGUAGUGAUAAUCUAGUGAAAGAACCAAAUGUUUCUCGAAUCCCUCAUAAAUGCUUAAAAGGGCGAGAUGUAACGAAAGUACAUCUGAAACUUUUACAAGUACUUUCAACAAGUACCUACCUAUUUAAAUAAAAUACUAUAUGUUAAUAAAUAAAAUAAAUAUAUAUUUCAAAUGAAAUACUAAUUACAUUUAAAUGAAAUGAAGAAGUGGAACAUAGUUCUAAUCUAAUUACAUAAAUACGUGGAAAAGUAUUACCUAUAUUGGUAAAUUUAUUUAUUUAUUUAUUCUAUGCCAACAACAAAUAAGAGGGAUUGAUUUCCAUACAGAAUUAUAUUUAUUCAAUUAUGUGUUUUGUUUUCGACAAAGGAUAGAAAUAAUUAUGGAGUAAUCAUAACGUUAACAGACUAUCGUUAAUGGCUUUCUGUUUAGUUGAUAACUUUAAUAAGCUUAUAAUAAUACGCUCGAGCGAACUUUUAGAGCCCGAUUACUACUUUCAAGAGAUUCAACCCACUCGAAUGUCAAAGUACACAUAAAUACAAGUACGAAAGUUCCAACCAAGUUGAAGCCAGCCAUAAUCUCUUAUCCUACAUUUUUCUUAUAUUUUUUCCAAACUUAAGAACAUAACCAUUCUUUUCCAUCGUGUGUAAGAAAAUUAAUUAAUUACUUCAAGCUUGAUAAAUCUUCGAAUUCGAUUCUCUCGAGAACGAAACUACAAGUCAAAAAGCUUUGUUCUAUAUUUCUCUCUUAUUCUUUUCUUCUUUUUUUUUUUUGUGAAGGAUCAUCCCCCACGUGUUAUUCCAACGCACCCUGUAUAUCUUCUUUCGAUACUUUCUGUCAAGAGGAAACCCGAUAAACCCAAGAAAAGGCGUCCAGGCUUGAUUUAUCAUCACUGCGUCAUUGAAAGCAAACAAACUUCGUGUUUCAAAAUAUUCGAUAUUGCGAAACAAUAGCUAACAUUGAUUGGUGGACCCACAGGUUUCUGGCUAUCUGGUGGCCCCUGAAGUGUCAAAUAACGAAGAGGCGAGCUCGCAUGAUGAUCGUGGUGAUCUGGUUCAUCGCCCUGACGACCACAUCGCCGUGGCUGCUUUUCUUCGAUCUGGUGGCGAUUUACGACGACGAUCCGAACCUGAGGCUCUGCCUGGAGGUGUGGCCGCACCCGGAGGACGGCACUCUCUUCUUCCUGAUCGGCAAUCUAACGUUGUGCUACGUCCUGCCCACGAUACUCAUCUCUCUCUGCUACAUUCUGAUCUGGAUCAAAGUAUGGCGGCGGCACAUCCCGUCCGACACGAAGGACGCACAGAUGGAGAGGAUACAGCAGAAGUCGAAGGUGAAGGUGGUGAAGAUGCUGGUCGUCGUUGUGAUCCUGUUCGUGUUGUCAUGGCUGCCCCUCUACGUGAUCUUCACGGUGAUCAAGCUCGGCGGAGACGUUGCCGAUAGGGAGGACGAGAUCCUGCCUAUCGCAACGCCGAUCGCUCAAUGGCUCGGCGCCAGUAACUCCUGCAUCAACCCGAUCCUGUACGCUUUCUUCAACAAGAAAUACCGCCGCGGCUUCGUCGCGAUCCUCAAGAGCGGACGCUGCUGCGGCAAGAUCAGGUACUACGAGACCGUGGCCAUGAUGUCCUCGUCGACCAGCAUGAGGAAGUCGUCGUACUACGUCAACAACAACAACAACAACUCAUCGACCAGACGAACGUUCCACGGGCCGCCGGUGCACCAGGAGAGCAACGUUUCCUACAUAUUCAAUCACACCGGCGUUUAA